AUGACCUCGCAUACUACUAUACAAUCUCAAAGCAAUGCGCCGACACUACUGUUGCUCUCGCUCCCACCGAAAACGCUGAUCGGCAUAGACCUCCUCUCUUUCAACUCGGCCCCCAAUUUCCACGGCAUCACCAACAUCCCCUACGGAGUGCAUUUCGUGUAUACAGGAACGCAUGCCUCGCUCUCCAUCCGCCACGGACGAUGGCUGCACCUCGCGCCUGGUGGUCCGCCGUCACAGGUUUUGAGGUGGAACAGUGAUACAGAACUUCUGGAGUUGUUGGACCACGACAGCCAGACGGCGCGGAAUGCUAUUGCCGCCGUUUCGAGUCGAGGGUUAGUCGACUACACUGCUCUGCAGGAUGCGACUUCCGAUCUAGCGACACGAGAGUCAGAAGCGGACAGCGCAUCGGGGCGGCCAUCUGAUGAGCGAUCAGAAAGCACCGACUGGCCGAAGCUCUCAAGCUAUAUCUCGGCAAGGCUCUUUGACCGUGUCCUCUCGCCAGAAUGGGCCGUGUCCUCUGUCUCUUCGGCACCUAGCGAUACGGAACAUAUCCCGGGUCUUUCGCAUCUCGAAACCACGAAUGCGCUGCACCAACUGCCGUUGAACCUGCUCCCGAUUGAUCUGAAGCAGACUUGGGAAAGUGGUGACAUUGGGCGCACACGGACUGAGCGGGCAAGGGAUAGGAGCUGGUAUCUGGCACAACUGGUCGACAGUCUUACGCCGCCCAACGGUGACAGGGCUCUUGGGGCCAAAGAAGUGUUGGCCGAGCUACAGUUCUGCUUCCUUAUGAUCCUUACGCUGUCCAACUACAGCUGCCUCGAGCAGUGGAAGAGGCUACUCGGCGUGCUCCUCACCUGCCAAAGUGCCCUGGUCGAGGUCGAGGCCUUUUUUGUGGAAGUGGUCAAGAUUCUGGACAUGCAGAUGAGACACGUCGAUGAUGUGGAGGGAGGCCUGUUUGAGAUGAGGGACGAGGGUGCCAGCCCUUGGUUGAGAUCUAUUUGGGGACGCUUUAGGGCCCUGGUAGAUGAGGCUUUUGCAGAAGAGAAGGAGAAGGGAAAGGCUCUACGCAAAGCGGUUGAGACUUUGCAGAAGCUGUUUGAGGACAAAUACGGCUGGCAAAGUGAGCGAGACAUUCUGAGGAGAGGAAUGGUGCAAUUAGAGGACGGUGAGAGCGUCGAGUUGACGAUGCAAGGAGCCGAUGAGGAUGACGAGGCAGGCGAGUAUGCGCCGGUUGUUGUUGACACAUAA